GGGCUCUUCCUGAGUCGAGCUGUGUGCUGUGUGGAGCUGCUCUCUGCUUCCUUCACUCCCAAAACUAUGGACUAAAACAAAUCUCUCUUUUUAGGAACAUUUGAGCCACAUUGGAGCUUCAACUUUCUGCAUGUUUUUGCAGCCAAACCUCCUGCAGAUCUCAAGAAAGAAAACCUCUCAAAAAGAUGAGCGACCAGGAGAGCACGUCGACGUCUCAAACGGAGGGAGAGAUGGACGGAGAGAUGGACGAAGAGAUGGACGAAGAGAUGGAGGACAAAGGAGAAAAAGAUGAACGACAGAGUGACGGUCCCGUCCCCAGUCUGUCCAGCUUCUCCUCGUCUCUGCGCGCCGUCAUCCGCAUCAAACAGAAGUACCAGGCCAUGAAGAAGAGGCGUCAGGAGAUGGCCCUGGGGGCCCUGGGGGCCCCGGGGACCCUCACAGGAUUAGCCCUGAGAACCAGCCCCAAGAUCUUCACCUUCGACGGGGUCGCCCCCUCCAGCUUCUCCACCCCGUCGCCCCCCGUCCCUCAGAGGAAGAAGAAGAGGAAGAGGAGGAGGGUCCUGUUUCCCAACAGAGGGAGGUGCCGCGCCCGUCCCAAACAGGAGCACAGCCGCGCCAAAUACUGUCUGUACCUGCUGUUCGCCAUCGUCUUCGUCCAGGUGUACAACGCCAUCGAGAACCUAGACGACCACGUCCUCAGGUAUGACCUGGAGGGGCUGGAUAAGACUCUGAGGCGGGAGGUUUUUGGGCAGCAGGGAGCAGUCGAGGGUCUGCUGUCCCACCUGAAGGACUACCUGUCCACUUAUGUCCACAACAAGCCCCUGGUGGUGUCCCUGCACGGCCCCAGCGGCGUGGGCAAGAGCCACCUGGGACGCCUCCUGGCCGGACACUUCCGCUCGGUGGUCGGCGAGACGCUGGUGCUGCAGUACUACGUCCUCCACCACUGUCCGCAGGAGGCCGACGCCCUGGAGUGCGCCCGCGACCUCUCCGCCAUCAUCUCGGAGAUGGUGGAGCGUGCCGAGGAAGAGGAGAAGAUCCCGCUCUUCGUCUUCGACGAGGCCGAGCACAUGCACGACGAGAUCCUGGACGCGCUGCUGCGGCUGGUCGCCGCCAAGCAGUCCAACGAGUACCUGAACGCCAUCUACCUGCUGCUGAGCAACCUGGGCCACGCCCACAUCACCAAGCACACGCUGCACAACUCCUCCAGCAUCACCGCGUCCGCCUCCGGUCGUCAUAGCAACCUGAUGAAAGAGCUGACUCCGAUAUUGCGCAGCAGUCUGGAGAAGCUGCACCCGCUGUGGACGGAGGCGGACGUCUUACCGCUGAGCCUCCUGGAGAAAGGACACGUGAUGGAGUGCUUCAUGGACGAAAUGACUCGCGAAGGCUUCUACCCGGAUCAUACCAACAUAGAGCGGCUGGCGGGGGAGAUCCAGUACUACCCCGAGGUGGGGGGCCGCCAGUACUCCCAGACGGGCUGCAAACAAGUGGUGGCAAAGGUCAACCUGCUGUGAGAUCGUCGGCAGGAAAUGUUCGGAUGUUUCGAAUUCUUUACAGCAUGAAGAAAUAAGACGGGAGAGACGCUGUGCCGAAACUAAAGACAAAACUCAGAGCCGCAGCUUUCAGGAGACGUUUUUUAAGAGUGAGAAACAACAACAAAAGACGCUGAAGACUUUGUUGUGGGACAUUUUGUGUGAAUCCUGUGAAGAGGUUUAAAAAAACGCUCAGUGAUACAAACGGUCCUUAAAGGGUCGGUUUACCCAAAUUCUGAAAAAUGUAUCCAGAUUUUUAUGUUUUUUAACAGGUUUGAAGAUAUCUGCCUUCACCAAAACCCAGCGGAGGAAAGUGGAACAUGAUUUACAGCUUACAGCGUUAAAAAGCAAACAUUUAAAGAACAUUUUAGGGACUAUUUCUUCAGCAGAAAAUACUCUUCAAAUGUCAUUUUCCAACUUUCAUGCACCUCCGUUUUAUUGAGGUGACGGCAGAAAUCUGAGAUUAAUGUUUUAAAAAAACAAACAAACAAAAACAAAACUUUCUAGAUUGCAGAACACCAAAAGAGGUAAUAGUGAAUUUAUGUAUUUUUAUGAUUUGGGUGAAAUGACCCUUUAACCCCUUUGCGUCUGUCGUAACUACUAUAUUUUAGGCAGCUCUACCGGACACAGUGAAAGAUGAGUAACAACAAUAUUCAUUCAUGUUAAAAAAGGGGAAGCUCGUUUUUAUUCAUGCGACUGUGAGUCAGCAGAGUGUCUGCGAGGUGCAAAUCGUGGAUUUCCUUAAAUAAUAUACUGUAAAAAAAAACUGUGAGAAUUUUCAAGUAAUUAAUUCUUUUUUUUAUCUGCAGAUGAAAAGUAGACACAUGGUCCCUGAAAAGUUUAUUUAUUAUUAAAGACAGUUUAGCAAGGAUAAACUACAUGUUCACAGACAAAGAAAUGAGUUUUAAAAACAUGUGCUAGCAUUAAAAUCCAAUUUGUUAUCAAGCUGACGAGUUCGGACGAGCCGUGAAAAUAUUACAGUCCAAAUAUUGUUAUAUAAACCUUAACGUGUGUGAGUGCCUUGAAAUUAAAGACACCAUGUAAACACAG